GGUUUCCCGCCCGCCCGCCGCGGCGGCCGCGGGCUGAGGGCGCGCAGGGCCGGCGGCGAGACCCGGGCGCGGAGGGCGGGGAGGCGGCCGCUGCCCCCUCCCCGCGCGCUCUCUCUCACACACGCACACCCCCACCCCGCAUACCCGCACCCGGGAGGCGCUCGGCGGCACCGGCGGAGGGGGAGCCGCCGCCGCCGCCCGCCUCGUCUGCCCGCCCGCCCGCCGCCAACCCCCCGCCUCGGGGGCGGCUGCCCCCGGCGGAGCCUCCAUCUGCAGCCCGGCGGCGGGAGCGGGAACAUGGCGGACCUGGAGGCGGUGCUGGCCGAUGUCAGCUACCUGAUGGCGAUGGAGAAGAGCAAGAGCACCCCGGCGGCCAGGGCCAGCAAGAAGAUCACCCUGCCCGAGCCCAGUAUCCGCAGCGUUAUGCAGAAAUACCUUGAGGAAAGGGGUGAAUUAACCUUCGACAAGAUCUUUCAUCAGAAAAUUGGAUUUUUGCUUUUUAAAGACUAUUGUAUGAAUGAGAUUGAUGAAGCUGUCCCUCAACUGAAGUUUUAUGAAGAGAUAAAAGAAUACGAGAAACUGGAUUCUGAGGAUGAGCGUCUGAGCCGAAGUCGGCAGAUUUAUGACAUGUACAUAAUGAAGGAGCUCCUGUCUUGUUCACAUCCUUUCUCAAAACAAGCUGUAGAUCAUGUACAAACACAUUUAGCCAAGAAACAAGUGCCAGCCAGCCUUUUUCAGCCAUAUAUAGAAGAAAUUUGUGAUAGUCUUCGAGGAAAAAUAUUUCAAAAAUUUAUGGAAAGCGACAAGUUUACUAGAUUUUGUCAGUGGAAAAACGUAGAACUAAAUAUUCAUCUGACCAUGAAUGAUUUUAGUGUACAUAGAAUAAUAGGAAGAGGGGGAUUUGGUGAAGUGUAUGGUUGCAGAAAAGCAGACACUGGAAAAAUGUAUGCAAUGAAAUGUUUAGAUAAGAAGAGAAUCAAGAUGAAGCAAGGAGAAACAUUAGCCUUAAAUGAAAGAAUUAUGCUGUCUCUUGUCAGUACAGGAGACUGUCCUUUCAUAGUGUGUAUGACCUAUGCCUUCCAUACCCCCGACAAACUCUGUUUCAUUCUGGACCUCAUGAAUGGAGGAGAUUUGCACUACCACCUCUCCCAGCACGGAGUGUUUUCUGAAAAAGAAAUGAGGUUUUAUGCUACUGAAAUCAUCCUGGGUUUAGAACACAUGCACAAUCGCUUUGUGGUGUACAGGGACCUAAAGCCUGCAAAUAUCUUGUUGGAUGAACACGGGCAUGUAAGGAUAUCAGACCUCGGGCUGGCUUGUGAUUUCUCCAAAAAGAAGCCCCAUGCUAGUGUAGGUACCCAUGGAUACAUGGCUCCAGAGGUGCUCCAGAAGGGAACAGCAUAUGACAGCAGUGCGGACUGGUUCUCGUUAGGCUGCAUGCUUUUCAAACUCCUGAGAGGUCACAGUCCUUUCAGACAGCACAAAACCAAAGAUAAGCACGAGAUCGACCGGAUGACGCUCACCGUGAAUGUGGAGCUACCAGAUUCAUUUUCUCCUGAACUGAAGUCCCUUUUGGAAGGGCUCCUGCAGCGGGAUGUUAGCAAGAGACUCGGAUGCCAGGGAAGAAGUGCACAAGAAGUAAAAGAACAUCCUUUCUUCAAAGGCAUUGAUUGGCAGCAAGUCUAUUUACAAAAGUAUCCUCCACCAUUGAUUCCUCCCCGGGGAGAAGUAAAUGCAGCAGACGCUUUUGAUAUCGGGUCAUUUGAUGAAGAGGACACUAAAGGCAUUAAGUUGCUUGAUAGUGACCAGGAAUUAUAUAAGAACUUCCCUCUGGUAAUAUCGGAGCGUUGGCAGCAAGAAGUAGCAGAAACUGUUUAUGAUGCAGUAAAUGCAGACACAGAUAAAAUUGAGGCCAGAAAAAGGGCUAAAAAUAAGCAGCUUGGCCACGAGGAAGAUUAUGCACUUGGGAAGGAUUGUAUUAUGCAUGGAUACAUGCUGAAAUUGGGGAACCCGUUCUUGACUCAGUGGCAGCGUCGUUACUUUUACCUCUUCCCAAACCGACUUGAAUGGCGAGGAGAAGGAGAGUCACGGCAAAACCUACUGACAAUGGAACAAAUAGUAUCUGUUGAAGAAACACAAAUUAAAGAUAAGAAAUGCAUCUUACUGAGAAUUAAAGGAGGAAAACAGUUUGUCCUACAGUGUGAGAGUGACCCAGAAUUUGUUCAGUGGAAAAAAGAGCUGACAGAAGCCUUUACUGAGGCACAGAGGUUGCUGCGUCGGGCUCCAAAGUUUCUCAAUAAAUCUCGCUCAACAGUUGUAGAGCUUUCAAAACCACCACUCAGCCACAGGAAUAGCAAUGGUCUGUAGGAGAAACAGAGAACUAAGUUCACUUAGGGAAAGCUACUUCGUGAACAUGUUGAGUUCCACAGAAUCCUUGUGAAUUACUUUGUGCAAUCCUGGACGCGGGAUGUGCUUAGAAGAGGAAGAAUUAGAUGUUUACAGCGUGGGAUAAUGUCAGAACUCUCUGUCUAGAGGUUGUGAAGACUGCAACAAUGGCAAGUGAAUUCAUGCUCCUAGCAGUGGUGGAAAUAGAGGCUGCAUAUUGCUCCCAUGCGUUCCCACACCCUGGCGGUGUCUAAAACGUGGUCCAUUACCCUAGAACUACCGAUGGAAGGAAGACGCUGUUUUCUCUGCAAUACCCUUGUUUGGUGCGUGCCAAGCCUGGAGACUGGAAUGGUUACUGCUGGCUGGGACACACUUGGGUGUGCAAUACCGACAAACCCCUCAACUGUGGAAGGAGCUGCAGACUUGCCAUGUUGGAUAACCUUUAAUCUGUCGUGUUGCCAUGUUCUUUCCGACCAUUACUGCUGACUUUAUGAUAACCUUUCUCCAUACUGCUGAUGAUCAACAGUGUGACUCUUAUGCACUUCAAAGUACUGAAUUCUAACUGUCCUGUGGUUUAAGUGUUAUUGCUACUUCAUGGAAACAUUGAACUCAAAUUAUUCACUUAGGUUGUUGUACUCACUAAUAGUAGCUACCACCGUUUUGCUUCUUCUACGUAUAUGCAGUACUAUAACUGACACAAUAGAGUAAUAAUUGGUGAAGAGGAAUUUAUGGUAGCUUCAUCUAGUGCUCUGUUGUAUAAAUUGACUAUUUUAGCACAGUUUUUAAAGAGCAGAUUCCUUUUGACAAGUUUACAGUGAACAUAAAGACAGUUCUUUUCCAUUUCAGGUCAACUGCACUUUUUAAAAAUUAAAAAGAAAUUAUUCAAAUCCAAUGCAUUCUAGUGCAUGUACUGGGUUAAAAUGUCUGGGUACCUCGGUACGUAUUCUGGAUCACUCUUCAGUUAUGGGACUUGUGGAUCCUUCUCUGUUGUACACAAAAACAUUAAGCAAGUGUGUUCUCAUAGCGUUAGAUAUCCCAGACUGUCACUGUAGCUCAGCUCAAGAGGUUCGUGCACACAUCACAUGGCUCGGCUUGCAAAAGGAUUUUUAAUUUUCUUUUCUAGAGAGUUCAAACUGUCCACAUUGAAAACAGUCUGAGGAUACUGAGGAUGGAACUGACAAGACGAGCUGGUCAAAUGCCAGAUUUCUAUUAAUUCUACUUGAGACAUCAGUUGUGUAAUGUGGAAACUCUUGCUAAAGUAAAGAUACAAUCUCUUAACUGUUCAACAGCUUUAAGCGUCUGAAGUCAGCCUUUGCCUGGUUAUUGUGAUGUUUUGUAAGAGAGAGAUAGGACAGGGUUUAAUUUAAGCUUUUUUCUGAUUCAGUAAAACCUGAGAGAACCUUUUCUGCCUAAUUACAGUGGUACAACUCUCAUGGUCCCUAAAGACAAUGGGAAUUGCAUCUCUGUAAAUGGGAACAGAAGUCACACCAACAGCUUACUCUGUCCACGUGGUGUGCACGGCUUGUCUAGCUUGUGUUGCUAACAGAUAACCACGGAGUUCUAGACCUGUGUCCUUGUAGAAGAGUACAAAUUGGCAAAAAUAGGAGAAUUAUUCUGAAAGUAUUUAUCCUGAACACACUGAUAAUAAAAUUGGAUGUAUUUGCUUCUAGAAGCGGGAGUGGCUUAACUCUGCAUAGCAUGUGCUUUCACACGUGUGCGAACUCUGUCUGAUCAUCUGGUGUAGCAUAAAAGGAAAAAUGCAUUCUGGAAGAUACCCCGUGUGAGUCAGGUGAUAUCUUUUAAUGACUUUUUCCCCAUUCGUUCCCAUUUAUUUUUCAAAUUUGUCAUUCUGACUGGUAAGUGAUGUUUAGCAUCAGCAUCCUCUAUAAGGAGCAGUUGUGGUAUUUACCGAGAUGUGGCACAGAAAGUGUCUAAUCUAACUGUGCUGACUGUGCACUGGAUGUUGUUAAGCGUUUCCUAUAAUACCAUGCAAAGCUCUUAUUCUUCGUCUUGAUUUGGAAAACAACUUCCGAUUGUGAUAAAAACCGCUCAUAGUUCUUGUGUAACUUGUUCAUACUUUCCUAGUUGAUUAUCAGUUCCAUUCUUCUCUUUUAGUUGUUUUCCAUGGUUGCUUUUUACGCUAAAUCCUUGUUGGCAGAGUGUUGUGGUUUCUGAUGCAGCAUACCGUAGAUCCUAGAGGUCUUUUCCAACCUUAAUGAUUCUGUGAUUCUGGACGCUGGUGUCUGUGAGGCGGGGAGGGACAGAUCUGUGAUGGGGAAAUUGUGCCUCAAAGCCGUAGAUUUUAUAUGAAAUGAAGGCUGUGUAUUGACUUACGGAAAUAUGCAUAUUUUGAAGCGUGACAGAAUUGGGAUGGCCCUAGAACGUGCUCGUUAGCGUGGUCCGUAUUGCCUUGGCUGGGUACAUGGCGAUUUGAAACCAGCUGGCAGCUGAGCUGUGCCGUCGGUCAGCACCACUCACCAGUGUCUGAUGGGGGUGGAAUAGUAAAAGAUUUGUUUUUCUUUAGUCAACUGAUUUAUCGACAAUUUAUAACAGCUUUAUACUUGUGACUUACAUACGACUGUGCUGUUAGAAGAGAAAGAUACCAUAACGAAAACCGUGUACGUGUGAGGGAAGUUGGGAUCCCAGUAACAAGUGGGGUUCUGCCUGGAAGGGACUGGAUCUUCUGGUGUGGAGGGAGAACUGGAAUUCUACCCUUCAAGGCAAAAUAUUAGAUACUGCUCCGAACUGAUCGUUCCUGGUUUAGGUACCAAAUUCUCUGAAGUUUUUUCUGGACAGUGAUUCUUGAUGGUGUUGUUUUACAUGGGGAUCUUCGGCUGUACGUGUAGAAAAUCUGUUGAACACAGAGAACAUAAGAGAACAUAAGUGGUGUUGUCUUUUAUGCAUUUUGACCACGUUUGUAGGACUUUUUUUAUGUUCAGGGAAAUAAAAGAAAUUAGAGCUUCAGGCAUCAACAGAGCUGAGUGAAUGAUUAAACCCAGAUUUUCAAACAAAUUAUCUGAAAGUCCUUUAAAAAAUAAUCAGCCGUGCUGAAGGUUUAAGCAUGUACGGGAAUUGUUUCUUAUAUUUCAAAAUAGAGAAUUACAUGCCAGAUAGAGCCAUGUUAAACGCUCCCCUGACACAUCCACAUGCCUUUGGUGCUGCAGGGAUUAUUUUCUAAUUAUUCUUUGUCUCUGACGUACAAGCUGACAAAUGCAGUAAAACUAGAUCCUGGGAAGCGAGCGCGUGAGUGACGUGACUGUAGAAAGAUGUGCGGUUUCUGCAGGAGCUGGGCUCGGGGGUCUCGCAGUGACUUCUAGGAGAGCUGCAGCCCUGUGCGGUGUGCUUCUCCUUUCCCUUUCCCUCUGAGGUAGGGUGGCAUUUUUGAUAUGUGGGAGUUGCUCUAAAUUAAUGUCUUGUUUCAAGGUAGGGAUACAGCAAAUUCUUGCCAAAAUCAGACCUUUAUGAGUUGAAAUUUAAGUGCAGGAGAAGCAAAGCACCGGUUAGUCCUGCUGCAAGCAGAGUGUGACUGAGGAACUGUUUGGAGCUGGGCACGAGCUUAGCCGGUGCCGUAAAGUGUUCCUGGACACGGUGUCAGCUGAGAUGUCCCAUCAUUGCAGGUAUAAAUUAGGUAAUUUUUGUUAUCAAAUUUAUUUGAUAAUUAUUUUGCAAAUUCAUGAAACAAAGGAACAUUUACUAAUUUUUUUAAAACCUUCAUCUAACUGUAGGCUAUCCAGUUUACUAAGUAUAAAAGCUGCUUUAUAUUAGUUAUGUUUGAGCUUUUAUGUCUUGUCACCGGUCCAGCAAAGUCUACGGCUGCAGUCUCACGAGUCUCUAACCCAGGGCUGCUGGGAGAUCAGCCCUGCUGGUGUAAAUGCUGGAGCUGAUCCAACUUGCAUUGACAUUCCCAAUGUGUUACCCUCUGUUAGGCUUCACAAACAAAGACUCGGAGCAUGCUAAUAAUAGUAGGAUGCGUGGAUGGGAAACCUGGCAGGUAGGGACAGUGCCGUGCUCGCUGUGCCAGCGUGACAGCACACAGCUCUAGGAGAUAUACCUCAGCUUAGUAGCAUUCAAAUUUUCCUUAAUUUCAAUAGCUCUCCUUUAGAAAUGCAGCAGGAAUUUCUUCUUCUCCCACUUCUGCAAGGGGAAAAAAGGGAAAUAGGAUCAUUGGGUUGGCUUUGGUUUUAUUAUAAAUGCAGGUGUUUGCAGUCCAGUGCAUAGAUAAUAGGAAAUGUUGUGUGUUUGGUGCUAAACCCAAACCUCUUUAUCCGAGUUGUAAUCCCGUACAAGUGGAUGCUGUUGGUGUCCGUUAGAACUGCUCGGGGUGUCGAUUUUGCGCAUUUGAGGCCAACAGCAGCGUUGCCACGAGUAGGAUCAAGCCCCCAAUACGUGUGAUGACUUGCACAUUGACGUUUUGUAGGUUUACAGUCUCCAAUGAUAGUAAAUUAGCUCAUGAACAGUGAAAUACCUGGAGCUCUGUGUGUUGCUCUUUUCCUGGCAGCUGAUCAGUUUUAGGACUAGGUGGUUCUUCAGUAUCACAUCCAUAUCUACAUCCUGCAGACAUUCGCAGUCACACACUGGUUUCACUGUUCCCCACAGAGCAGAUGGCAAUGAUACAGUUUAAAUUAGCUCUGAAAUGCUCACACUCUAAAUAUAUAUGGAGGAAGGACUAUUUUGAAGUGUACAGUACAAAGUAAAUAAUUCUAGUUGUGUUGAUUAAUGUAAGGAAUGAGUCAAUUCUACAAAUUAAAAAAAUCUGAAAAGCGUAUUUUGAAAAAGCAUAGUAUUAAUUUUAAUAUUGUAAAAAAAAAAAGGAAAAUAUCUAAAAUAUACAGAGAACAUAUGUAUAUCCAAACGUCUGAGGAAUUUCAAGAUAAUCUACUUUUGUUUUCGGUUGAUUUCUAUUCCAUGGUGUACAUAUUCUGUGAAUUGAACAUUGGGUGUUUUAAUACUAUUGUUAAAUUGUAUUUUUAUUUUGUGUUAAACUAAUCAUCACAGACUCAGCUUUAUUUUGUUUAUGUAAAGGUUGCUAUGCUAUGUAGGUAUAAAACCAAGAAUUCUAUUUUAACAAAAAAGCAUUUUAUAUUAUUUAUUAAAUACAUGUUUCUCCAACUUCUGACAUUCCACGGAAUUUCUGCUCCGUAUAUGUAUAGAAAUGGCAGUUCCUUUCAAGCGGGAUCAGCCAGCUUUAUUCUGUUUUUCAUAAUAAAGUUGAACUAGUUUCCCUCCGUCCAGCUUACCCUUCUGUUACGAGCGUAGUGACUUGCAGGCACUGUCAGGCCUGUCUCGAAGCGCAGUGGCUCGUGGAUGCAGAAACAUCUGAAAAACUCUUGCAAAUAAAACCCUCAGUGUGGUGUUACUAAAUCCGCUGUUCAUUCCUCAGCAUUACAGAGAGCAAGCUUGUAUUCACAUGAGUCUGUGCUGGGUUAACGAGAAUUAAUGACCUUAAACUGGGGCAAGGAAUCGGCUUGAUAUUUGAAAAAGCUCCGAUAUUUGCAAAGCCCUUUAAUUCUAAGGUUAAUGAGUGAGUGGAAGGGAGAGCCCGGAGAGGCUGCGGGGACAGGUCUGCUCGGAGUGGUGCCUUACACCAGCCCGGUUCGGGAUUAGGGCAAAGACUGGCAUCGAUGAUUGCAAAAAUGUAGGUACUGAAAGUGGUUUUUGCUGUUUCAGGGUGAUUACUUGGUCCUUAAAAAUAGGCUAGAGCCCAGGAAGGCGGGAGAGGUGUUCUGCAGAGCUGGGCAGCCAGGACUGUGCUCGCCACCCCCGCGCUGCGGCUGAGGAGGGGAGCAGGCACCCCCGGGACCCUGGCAGGGGCCGUCCCUGCGGGGGGUGUCGGGAAGGCGAGCCCGCGCACCCUGAGCUGAAACCACCUCACGAGCCAGCCCCUCGCUGCGAGUCGCCGCCGGGCAGGCUGGGCCAGGCGGGGAGCGGGGCUCAGCCGGGCUGCCGUCCUCCAUCCAUGGCGCGGGCCCGUGGGGCGGGCACGCUCUGCCUGCCAGCCGCGUUUGCUGGAGAGCUGCGGCAGCUGGGCACAUCUGUAGAUAACCAAACCAGACACCUCCUUCCCGAGCAAGGUACAGAAAUAGCACGAUACUCAUCAGAUAACUCAUUUGCUAAAAAUAGUUCCAGUUGCAAUCAUGGUCUCUGCAGUUUGAGGAAUACUCAUGGUAUUAAAGCACGUGCUUUUAAUUUCCACUGUGGUGGAGCCUGAAGUAUGUGCUCUUCAGGGCUUAACUGAAUGACAUCUUGUGGGUGAAAAGUGGCUUUUGCCAGCUGUGCUGCUGAAGCCGCCUCUUGUUGAGACGCUUCCCGAAGCGGGUAGGGGGUGGCUGCCUUUCUCCUUGUAGUAGUUCUUGCCUUGUUUUCCAUUUCCCCCUUCUCACGCCUGCCUGAUGGUGCUUUCUUUCUGCGGCUGAGGAGUGAGCUGUAGUGUUGGGCUGUUUCUUGCGGUUUCUCAGCGUCACCCGCCAGAACUGUGCUGUGAUUGGGGUAGUGCCGAGCCCAGCGCUGCAAACCUGACGUGUGCCCAAGCAGGGAUUCCUUAGAAAAACUGGGGACAGGAUCAGAAAGCUGGUUGUUCAUCCAGGGUCAGGCUUUGUCCCGGUUUGUGUAACUCGCUGUGCUGCCAGACUGGAAAAGGAGACAGGCCAGGUGCAGCUGCGGGCUUGCCUGGCUCUGGGGCUGGGCAGAGGCUUUCCCGGCUGUAGCAGGCACCUUUUCCUUAAAAAGAGGGAGAGAUCAGAGAGCAGGUGAGGUGGCAAAUAAAAAUUUGUCUGAAAAACAGAAUAAAGCAGGAGCAUCCUAGGAGAGGCGUUUUUACAAGCACUGUUUCAGUGAUGACAUUUGGUCCUUUAAAAAAAAAAAAAAAAGGAGCAGAAUCACAUGAAUAGCUACUAGUGAUUUAAAGAAAUAUAUUGAAAGAGAACCUGUUUUCAAUGUGUAAUUUAAUGGUAAGAAAAGCCAGUAUCUGUAAAUAACUUUAGAUAUUGUAUCUAUGAGAAUCAUUCUUUGUUUUAUGUACUUGGCUCUUUUCAUAUUUAUUGUGCAGAGGAGGGUGUGCCCCGUGCCGGUGUAUGCUGCUGCACGUUCCAGUAGUACUUCUCACAGAGACUAUCUUCAGAGUUUACAGUCCUCGGCGAUUUGUGACUGAUGUGCCACACUUAGUUAAUUCCGCCAUUAUUUUUUUAAAGGAUUAUUUUGGCACAACUAAGCUGCUUCUGUGUGUUGGUCAGUACAACUGCUCUCAUACAACGAGAAUCCCAAUAAAAACCGUCCUUUGCGUGUG